CGCCGUGCCGCCCAGCUCCCCUCCGCCCUGCCCAUGCCCUGAAGCAGAAAGUUUAGGGGUCGGGGCUUCUUCCCGCUCCCCCUCCGGUGACUGCCCAAGGACUUCUGCUGCCCAGCCUCGCCUGGGACCUGCCUUCGGCUCCCCGGGCCAUCACCAAGUGUUAUUACAAGCUGUAACCAAGGCUUCCCUUCCGCGCCCCUCCUUCACGCCCUUUCUUUCUUUUCUCAAAAAAAUGUCAUAAUUUAAGAAAUGAUGAUCCGCUGACUCCCCUCCUCGUUAGUCAUUUUAGUCCUCGGCCUCAUUCUGGAGUGGAGACGGUGGCGCGGUCUCGCCCAAGACGGCGCGCUGGAAGGACGGAUUCCCCUUGUCGACCCACAUACACCAUGAAGAGGUGCAAAUCGGACGAGCUGCAGCAACAGCCAGGUGAAGAGGAUGGGACGGGGCUGGAAGACGCCGCUGGUCCCCUGCCCGGCGCGGACCCCCGCUCGGGGGAGGGCACGGGUGCUCUCUCUGCAGGCGGGCCAGCUUCGGAUGCAGGCGCGGCCGCGGCGCCCAACCCGGGAUCCCGAAGCAAGCCUCCGGAUUUAAAGAAAAUCCAGCAGCUCUCCGACGGCUCCAUGUUUGGCCACGGCCUGAAGCACCUGUUCCAUAGCCGCCGCCGGUCUCGGGAGAGGGAGCACCAGGCAUCUCAGGAUAAUCCGCAGCCGCAGCCUCACCAGGGCAUGUCUGACCAUGACUCGCCGGACGAGAAGGAGCGCUCCCCAGAGAUGCACCGAGUCUCCUAUGCCAUGUCCCUGCACGACCUGCCCGCCCGGCCCACCGCCUUCAACCGUGUGCUGCAGCAGAUCCGCUCCCGGCCCUCUAUCAAGCGGGGCGCCAGCCUGCACAGCAGCAGCGGGGGUGGCAGCCGGCGCACCAAGAGCAGCUCCCUGGAGCCCCAGCGUGGCAGUCCCCACCUGCUGCGCAAAGCCCCCCAGGACAGCAGCCUGGCCGCCAUCCUGCACCAGCACCAGGGCCGCCCUCGCUCCUCUUCCACCACCGACACAGCCCUGCUGCUGGCUGACAGCGGCAACGUGUACCUCCUGGCCGAGGAGACCGAGAGCAGCGCAGACAAGGUCGACAAGGGGGACCUCUCCGGCCUGAGCCUCCCCGGUGGCCCCGGCCAUGGCGAGAGUGACGGCCCCAUCAGCCUGGACGUGCCGGACGGGGCGCCGGACCCCCAGCGGACCAAGGCCGCCAUCGAGCACCUGCACCAGAAGAUCCUGAAGAUCACGGAGCAGAUCAAGAUCGAGCAGGAGGCGCGGGACGACAACGUGGCGGAGUACCUGAAGCUGGCCAACAACGCGGACCGGCAGCAGGCGGCCCGCAUCAAGCAGGUGUUUGAGAAGAAGAACCAGAAGUCGGCGCAGACCAUCGCCCAGCUGCACAAGAAGCUGGAGCACUACCGCCGGCGCCUGCGCGAAAUCGAGCAGAACGGGCCGUCGCGGCAGCCCAAGGACGUGCUGCGGGACAUGCAGCAGGGCCUCAAGGACGUGGGCGCCAACGUGCGUGCCGGCAUCAGCGGCUUCGGCGGCGGCGUGGUGGAGGGCGUCAAGGGCAGCCUCUCGGGCCUCUCGCAGGCCACCCACUCGGCCGUGGUGUCCAAGCCCCGCGAGUUCGCCAGCCUCAUCCGGAACAAGUUCGGCAGCGCCGACAACAUCGCCCACCUGAAGGACCCCCUGGAGGACGGGCCCCCGGAGGAGGCGGCCCGGGCUCUGAGCGGCAGCGCCACGCUAGUGUCCAGCCCCAAGUACGGCAGCGACGACGAGUGCUCCAGCGCCAGCGCCAGCUCGGCGGGGGUGGGCAGCAACUCCGGGGCGGGGCCCGCCGGCGUGCUGGGCAGCCCCAAGUCCAACACGCUGUACGGCGCCCCUGGGAGCCUGGACACGCUGCUGGAGGAGCUGCGGGAGAUCAAGGAGGGGCAGUCCCACCUGGAGGACUCCAUGGAGGACCUCAAGGCGCAGCUGCAGCGGGACUACACCUACAUGACCCAGUGCCUGCAGGAAGAGCGCUACAGGUACGAGCGGCUGGAGGAGCAGCUCAAUGACCUCACUGAACUGCACCAGAACGAGAUGACCAACCUGAAACAGGAGCUGGCCAGCAUGGAGGAGAAGGUGGCUUACCAGUCCUACGAGAGGGCUCGGGACAUCCAGGAGGCCGUGGAGUCCUGCCUGACCCGGGUGACCAAGCUGGAGCUGCAGCAGCAGCAGCAGCAGGUGGUGCAGCUGGAGGGCGUGGAGAACGCCAAUGCGCGUGCACUGCUGGGCAAGUUCAUCAACGUGAUCCUGGCGCUCAUGGCCGUGCUGCUAGUGUUCGUGUCCACCAUCGCCAACUUCAUCACGCCCCUCAUGAAGACGCGCCUGCGCAUCACCAGCACCGCCCUCCUGGUCCUCGUCGUCUUCCUCCUCUGGAAGCACUGGGACUCUGUCAGCUACCUCCUGGAGCACGUGCUGCUGCCCAGCUGAGCGGCCCCAGGCCUCCCUCCCGCCCUGUCCUCCCGGCCCUGCUGGCCACGCUUCUCCAGGAGGGACCUGCCACCUCCGAGUCCCUCGGACCUCUCAUCUGUCCAAACUGUCCAUUCCAGCAGCUGCGGCCUGUUCUCUGCCCCUGCUGCUGUCUGGCGCCGUCUCCAUGACGGCAUGAAGGUGCCCUAGAAUCCAGCUGCGGUGUGGCACUGGCACUGGUCGCCCACCGGCCCGCGGAGCAGGGGACAGACGCGGGGCUUGGCUGGUGUGGAUCCUUCACAGUCACACAGGACUUGUGUUCCCCAGGCGAUCCGGAGGGCCACAGAGAGGAACAGCGGGCUCGCCUCACCGUUCCUGGGGUGGGCCCGGGGGCACUGUGCCCUCCAGCGGACAGAAGGGCCAGGGAUGGUGCACGGGGCUGAAGGCGGCGAGGAGGCGCCCCGCCCACCCCUUGCCCUCCACAGCCAGCUGGGGAACUGCGUUCUGAGGCUGGACCUGACCCCCCAGGAAGGCAAUGGAUGCAGGCUCUGAGGCCUGGUGUGGAGUCAAGGGAGCAGGGCCGGAGUUUGGGGGGGUCUCUGAAUUUGUGUCUCCCGGGCUAUCUUUCCCUCUACCUGUCACUGGACCUGCCGUUUCCAGGGAGCCAGACUCCAGAGUCCCCGACUCCCAGCCUCAGGCUCUGCCUGUAAGGCCUCGUUGAGCCCUAUUUAUUUAUUUAUUUAUUUGUUCCUUUGCACCCCACUGCCCUCCCUUCCCCCUAAGCCCGGGCUUCUUCCAGGCUCACGGGUGAUCCCCUGUGCCCCCUGCCAUUCGGCAUCUGGGUAAUGCCAGCUGGGAGGAGCAGGCCUCUUUUCUACGUUUUCUUUUCAUCUCUUUAUAUCUGUACGUGUGUGUUGGUGUGCAAAAGGGUGUUUGUUGCUCUAUUUUUUUAAGGCUCUGGAGUGUUGUGUAUGGUUUCUCUUCGCCUCCCAGCCUUCCUGUGGCCCUCCCAAGGAGGAGAGACGACGGGGUUCCUCCGGGAAGGAGGAGGGGUCUCUCAGAGGAGGGGAGGGCGGUGCCUGCCAGCCUUCAUGGGCCUACCCCAGAAAUAAACGUCCUCUAAAUUUUCAAGCCA